CGUUAUCACAACGCUUCUUUUAGCGGAGGUAUUUGGGCGGUUCGUUUGUAGCAUAAUUUGAAUGUGUUCGGGGGAGCAAGAAAGGAAGUGUAUAUGAAUGAAGAGAAGAAAGAAAGGCUCUUGUAAUGGCGGACUUGAAAGUUCCAGAACCUCUGGAAAUCGAGAAUAGGAUAAUUGAGCUGUGCCAUCAGUUUCCCCAUGGUAUCACAGACCAGGUGAUUCAGAAUGACAUGCCUCACAUGGAAGCUCAACAACGGGCCAUGGCCAUUAAUAGACUGCUAUCUAUGGGGCAACUAGAUCUUCUGAGAAGCAGUACUGGCCUUCUCUACAGAAUCAAGGAUUCCCAGAAUGCUGGUAAAAUGAAGGGAUCUGACAAUCAAGAGAAACUGGUGUAUCAAAUUAUAGAGGAUGCAGGAAAUAAAGGCAUUUGGAGCAGGGAUAUCAGAUAUAAAAGUAAUCUUCCAUUAACUGAGAUCAACAAGAUCCUGAAGAAUUUGGAAAGCAAGAAGCUCAUUAAAGCUGUAAAGUCUGUGGCAGCAUCCAAGAAGAAAGUGUACAUGUUGUACAAUCUCCAGCCUGAUCGUUCUGUGACAGGAGGAGCUUGGUAUAGUGACCAAGACUUUGAAUCUGAAUUUGUAGAGGUGCUAAACCAACAGUGUUUUAAAUUUCUUCAGACUAAGGCUGAAGCAGCUCGAGAAAGCAAGCAGAAUCCUAUGAUACAAAGAAACAGCUCAUUCGCAUCUUCUCAUGAGGUGUGGAAAUAUAUCAGUGAGUUAGGUAUCAGUAAGGUGGAAUUGUCAAUGGAGGACAUAGAAACCAUUCUAAAUACCUUAAUAUAUGAUGGAAAAGUAGAAAUGACCAUUAUUGCUGCAAAGGAAGCAUCAGCAGGGAGUGUGGACGGACAUAUGAAACUCUACAGAGCCAUCAGUCCAGUCAUACAACCCACUGGAUUGAUUCGGAUACCUUGUGGACUUUGUCCAGUUUUUGAUGAUUGCCAUGAAGGUGGUGAAAUAUCUCCUGCAAACUGUAUUUACAUGAUGGAAUGGCUAGAAUUUUAGGAGUCAAAUAGGGGAAUUGGCUCUGAAACUUUAAACCAGGCAUUGGGUUGAUACUUUUGAAAAUACUGACUGCCCUGCCAUGUGUUAGAUGGGAUGCUGUAGGAUUAAGGCUCUACAGCUGCUUCCAAGUAAGAUACAUAGGGAUACAAUUGAACAGAGCUUUAAGAGACAAGUUAAAUUUUGAUUAGAGAAUUAGUUUGGUGUACUGAAUAAAAUGAACCUAUUAGUUGCAACUGAAUCCUGCAGCGUAUGGUAAGUUCAUCAUAUUAAGGGAGCAUUUAGCUCAAGAUACUGCAUUAUUUUAUGGCACUGGAAAACAGGGACACAGUACAUCCAGAUGUUCUCCCAUGAAAGUCUUAUUAAAAUGACAAGAGAAUUUGUAAAAGAGGCAGUGUUUUCUACAAGUUAGUGCAACAGUAGUAUUAGGGUUGGUGCUAUGCUCCAUUACAUAAAUAUUUAUACAUUUGAAAGCUUUAAUGCUGAAAAACCGAUCUCUUGAAAAUUUAUUAAAAUGCAAAAGCGAUUCUGUGUGUGUGUGGUGUAGAAUUUGUUAUCAGGAAAUGUCAGUGACCAUCAGAUUUGUCUCAUAGUCAGACUGACUAUAUGCUGCUUCCAAGAUCAGUCAGAAAUUAUGUCUUGAACAUCAGUUUUGGAAUCAGUAUCUUGAGAUUUCUUCAUGCAAAGCUCUACUGGUAAGAUAUAGCCACACCUCUACCUAGAAAGGUAACAAGCAAUACUUCACAUGUGGAUAUUCUCUGUGCCUCUGAUGAAGUGAACUGCAACUAAUGAAAACUUAAGCCUUUUAAUACGAUUUGUUAGUUAGAAAAGGUGCUAACAGACUCCUGAUUUUUUGGCACUGUAGACUAACAUGGCUCUCCUACAAUGUCUUACUGUAUCUU